ACACCUCCCCACGCAUGCGGACUAACUCUACAUGCGACACGGCUGAUGUUGACGUUGUGUUGGGUAUAUCCUAUUUCAGCGCCAAAUCUCUCCAGAUUUGGACAAUAUUUGUCAGUCUCUUGAUCACACUACACCUCUCCUUACAUCAGAGGUGACAUCUUGCCAUUUCCUGGCCAAAUCUGAGGUGGUUUUCUCUGUUUUUGAGAGGAUUUAGUCGAUCGAACGGUCCGCUCUUGGCGCCAGCUGUACUGAGCGAACAAAAACAUCUUCCUAAGAUCGUGCUCUUAAAUCCACCGAUCGUCGUACUUUCCUCUGUUAUCUCAACUCUGGACCCUCUCCUGACACGACAGGGAAGCAGGACGACAUGAAGAUAGACAUUCACAACCACAUUCUUCCCGAGAGGUGGCCAGAUUUGAAAGAGAGGUAUGGUUAUGGUGGGUGGAUCCAGCUUCAUGAUCACUGCAAUGGCAAAGCUAACAUGGUGCGUGAUGGAAAGCUGUUCCGUGUAAUUGAUGAGAACUGCUGGAGUCCCGAGGCCCGUAUCAGGGACAUGGACGCUACAGGUGUGACUGUCCAGGCCUUGUCUACCGUUCCUGUCAUGUUCAGUUACUGGGCCAAACCAGAAGACACCCUGGACCUGUGUAAGAUCCUGAAUGAUGACAUGGCAGGUAUAGUGAACAAGUACCCGUCCCGGUUCAUCGGGCUGGGCACCCUCCCCAUGCAGGCCCCUGAGCUGGCUGUACAGGAGCUGAAGCGCUGUGUGCAGCAGCUGGGCUUCCCCGGGGUUCAGAUCGGCUCUCAUGUCAAUGACUGGAACCUGGAUGCACCAGAGCUGCAGCCCAUCUUUGCUGCAGCAGAAGAGUACAACUGUUCCAUCUUUGUGCACCCCUGGGACAUGGAACAGGGAGGUCGCAUGUCAAAAUACUGGCUGCCAUGGCUGGUCGGUAUGCCAGGGGAGACAGCUACAGCUAUGUGCUCCAUGAUAUUUGGUGGGGUUCUGGAGAGACAUCCCAAACUCAAGGUGUGCUUUGCACAUGGAGGCGGUGCCUUCCCCUUCACCAUUGGUCGUAUCGAGCACGGUUUCAACGUGCGGCCCGACCUGUGUGCCGUGGACAACCCGCACAACCCACGCAACUACGUGGGGCAGAUCUACACAGACUCCCUGGUGCACGAUCAACGGGCACUCAAGUAUCUGGUGGAGACCAUUGGCGAGGACCGUGUUGUGUUGGGGAGUGACUAUCCAUUCCCACUGGGAGAGCACCAUCCUGGCAAGCUUAUCGAGUCUAUGCAGGACUUUGAUCCAAAACUGAAGCACAAGCUGCUGACUGGAAAUGCCUUGGAGUUUCUUGGGGUGGAUGCGAGCAGGUUUGAACAGCCAACAUCAUCUUCUUCCGAGGCGAUGGAAACGUGAAAAGUGUACCUGAGCAGUCUCUUGCCUUGUAGUUGUAAUAUAGUUACAUUGAAGACUACUGCAUAUAACUUAAAGUAAUGCUAGCUCAAAAACAGCUUGAAAAAAGUCAAGUGUAAAUUUUUGGCUGAAGUCUUUUGCUCAUGGCUUGUAAAGAAACGCAUCAGUUGUGGAGAAAGAAAUACCUCGAGUUAGUAUGGGUAAAAUAAGUAAGACCUGAAAUGCUCCUUAUUCUAGUGCUCUUGCCAAAAAUGUCAGAAGAUGUUUUGUUGAUUCAAAAUGUUUGUUUGUUGCAACAAAAGUAUGAAUGCUUAAUGCCUAUGGCAUGUGUAGCUGAAUGUUUAUUACGUGUGGUUUCUGACUGUAGAUAUUUCAGAAUGGUGCCCUAAUCUGUCUUCUGUCGAAUGCAAAAUCUAACUUAUUACCAACAAUUACAGCUUUUUGUAGACUUUGUACAUACUAGCUUAUCAUCUGACUGUUUUGAUUUGAAAAUACAUUUACUACUGAUUCUGGAGCCAUAUUUAAUAAGCAUAACCUUAUACAACCAUGCAUUAGAUAUGCUAAUAAGAAACUCUUUAAUGUUUGUUGCAGUCACUUCUUUCUAAAUCCAUAUAACACGGGUACAGCACUUAAGCACAGCAAAAUAUAGAGAGAGAGAAUAGCAGCAUGACAGAUACACAAUUUUCUUGGCCAAAAAAAUUGUUUCUAAUGGCUAGUCUUGUUUUGAAUGUAGGUAUGCAUAUUGAUUUAUUAUUUGGUUUAAUUCAGUGAAAUGUGUUGAUGAGUAAUCUGUUGUCCAUAUCUUCCAGCAGACCACAUGCCAUGAAUGUGUACUUAUGAGGCUAAACUAAGUACAGUGAAGUUUUAGUUAACGUUAGUUCACCUUUAUCCGUAAGGUAACCAUUAUCCGCAUUUAGGGAAAGCAAGUCGACAGAUGAUGGCUUCAAACUGCAACAUUUUGAAAAUAGUACAAUUUGAAACUACCGUCUAUCGACUUGAUAUCCCUGGAUACCCUGUUUAACAACACAACGGAUAUAGGUUACCCCGCGGAUAAAGGUGAACUAACAUUACUAUCAUACAGAAAAGAAAUCAUAUCUUCAGUAAAGCAAGAUAUAUGCCGAGGCAACUAAACAGUAAGCCAAGACCUGGCUUUGUGUGAAGAGAAGAUGGUGCUAGUCAAGAGCAAGUUUUUUCUAGUUGCACUGAUUUUUAAAAAAUUGUGUCUGACGUGACGAAUACUCCAUGCUUACUUCUGUACUUAGACUCCUGUUACUAAGUGUUAGGAUGCAUGCCAAAGUCAUUUUGUGGUCAGCAUUUUGUGAUACCUUGAAUUUUUUUCUGUUUGAGCUUAAUAUUAAGUUGAUAGUCAUUUGGAAUACAUUUUGAUAGAUAUGUCUAGAAACUCUGCUCUAGUCCAUGAUUUCUUCCAAAGGUAGCAGAAGGAGUUUUAAUACAUGUACAUUAAGAUGUUUUGAAAUUGGCUAUAGUACUGUGUGGUUUGACCACAUUUUAUGGCUUACUUCAGUUUGAUAUUUGUUUUGUGUAAUUUGGUGAAAUGCAGCUUAGAUGUCAUACACUUUUGUUCUUGUGUUAAUUGUACACCAAUUAAACACCAAAAUAUUCAAGAACAAAUUUGAAGAUUGAAGACUUUCUCGAGAGAAGGCUGUUGUUAAUUAUUCAAGAAAGCUUGAAGAAACAGGACUACCUAGUGCCAGUAGUGGUCUUUGGCAAGAUUAAAUGUAUGAGCUACCUUUUGGUGCCAUAGAUAGCAAUAAAAGUAAUACUGUGAUGUCUCAUCUUCAAAAGGAACAUGUUGUACUUAACAUGACAACUUCACCUUUUUCUGUUUUAUAAGCCUUUACCGCAGUGGUGCAGUGGGCUGUUAUGUUACUUUUCAAACAGAAUAAAGAACAGAAUGAUAACA